AUGGGCAUUAACCUCCGUAGCGAAAGCAAAAGCGUCUCUUGUGUAUCCAAGGAAACCCAAUAUCGAUUGUGGUGGGCGCUUUUCAUGAUAGAUACUACGCUGUGUGUGAUGACUGGUCGCCCUUCCAGCACUGCUAAUACCUUCUGCACUACCCCUUUUCCAACUCCCUAUAAGGAAGAUGACUUAGAGCAUGAGGAUGUCGCCCAACUCAUCACCGAUAAUUCCCCCAGAAACUAUCUACUGAACUUUUUGCUUUCCCAUGAAAUCACUACGUCUGUCUCUAGUAAUUCCUCUGCCGACUUAGUUUUUUCAACAAUUCCCGGAUCAAGCAAAGGUAGUUCCAACCAACAAGCUCAAGCUACGACUGAAACUCUCUCUCGACUCCCAGCAGAGGUUGACUUCGCAAGGUUUGACAAAGAUGACCAAAAGCUCGCCCGUCAAUGUACCAGUCUCGCCUUCCUCUUCUACACCACUAAACUCGUUAUUUCGCAGCCUUGUCUCCGCCGCCUGGCUAACCCUUUGCCAGGCACCAAAUCUCCAAAAGUAAGUCAGUUAUGUGGCGCCAUGGCAUCUUUAUGCAUUAAAGUUGCCCAUAAAACGCUCGAUCUGCUCCCUAGUGAGCCAGGUGCAGCUCUUCUCUAUGGUCUUUCGCCCUGGUGGUGCAUGCUGCACUAUAUAAUGCAGCCCACUACCGUGCUUCUGACAUAA